CCCUCCAGGGAGAGCAAAGGGACAACAGUGUGGAAAUGAGAAGCCACCACGGCUCAAGCGAGGACCUGCUCCGGAGAUCUUGCCGACUCAAGAGUGGCAUUCUUUCUCUGCUGCUGUUAUUGAGAAGUUGACUGUUUACAAUUUGUUCUUUUAUUUGAAAGGAAACCAGUCAAUUGGAAAAUGAGGCUGAAUGUUGCCAUUUUCUUUGGGGCUCUCUUCGGAGCUUUGGGGGUUUUGCUGUUUUUGGUGGCUUUUGGAUCGGAUUAUUGGCUUCUCGCGACUGAAGUGGGCAGAUGUUCAGGUGAACAGAAUAUAGAGAACAUCACUUUUCACCACGAAGGAUUUUUCUGGAGAUGCUGGUUCAGUGGCAUCGUGGAAGAGAACAACUCCAACAUCUGGAAGUUCUGGUACACCAAUCAGCCACCGUCCAAGAACUGCACACAUGCUUACCUGUCUCCGUACCCCUUCAUGAGGGGUGAACAUAACUCUACUUCCUAUGACUCUGCAGUUAUUUACCGUGGCUUCUGGGCAGUCCUGCUGCUUCUGGGGGUCGUGGCCGCCUUGACUGCGAGCUUCCUCAUCAUCUGCGCAGCCCCCUUUGCCAGUCACUUCCUUUACAAAGCUGGAGGAGGCUCGUACAUCGCCGCAGGUGUCCUGUUUUCCCUGGUGGUGAUGCUGUACGUCAUCUGGGUCCAGGCGGUGGCUGACAUGGAGAGCUACAGAGACAUGAAAAUGAAGGACUGCUGGGAGUUCACCCCUUCUGUCCUGUAUGGCUGGUCCUUCUUUCUGGCCCCGGCUGGCAUCUUCUUUUCUCUCCUAGCCGGGUUACUCUUUCUAGUCGUCGGACGGCAUAUUCAGCUACAUCACUAAGUUUGGCCCCUCCAGUGUUCAAAGCACCGUGCCUCCAGUUUCCAUUUUCUGUUGAUGAUGAUAUCAGCAUAAAAUCCGUUGAUGUACAUCAAGAGUUGUUAUUUUUUUAAUGAAUCAUUUUACUUGUGAUUUCUGCUCAUAAGGAAGUCCUUUGACUUCUCCAGAACCCAAAGCUGUCUGUGCUGGUGAGGAAUUAAUUCCCUAAGGAGUGGGUAGUGGGCUCAUCAUAGAGUUUGGGUACAAAUGCGAUCAUCCACAGCAAACCAAGUGUAGGCUGAACGUCUCCUUGACAUUCACUUCUGCUAUUUUAUUUUUUAAUAAGGAGAAUAAUUGAGAAUGGAAAACAAAUGUCAGAUGACUGAUUUUGUUUCUUCUCCACCUACAUGCCCAUACACAGACACAUACUCAUCCACUGACUUAUGUGAGCAGAUGAUUCAUUAUUUAAAAAUAAAUAACUGUUGUCCCUGUUAUCAGAACCAGAGUUCAAGUGGGACAAAGCAAUAAUACCAAAUGUACUUAUUCUAGUUUAUUACCAGCGGCAUCAUCUGUGUUUUCUUUCUUAAUUAUGCAUGCUUACAGAAACCUUACACUGUUGGAAAGCAGUAAUGCAGAUUAGAACCACAGAAAGUUACAGGGGGUUAACCCUGGAUUGUAAUACGGUUUAAAAUAUGUAAAAACCAAGUGCCUCAUCUGAGUGCAUAAUUCUAUUUGAUAUUUUAAAAUUCCCAUUUAAAACUUAAAUGGCUAAGAUGUUCAGCACGUCUAAAUUUAUUGAGAGAGCGUACUUUUAAUAUUCCCCGGCUAUAAAGAUCCCAGAUACUUCCAUGUAUGAUUAUAAUAGUCUUGCUUUAUGAAGACCAUGGCAUAUUAACUUGCUCCGACAUUUUACAGGAUCCAGUUCUUCUGAUCAUUUGAUUCCCAUAUUGUCCCUCAAUUUUUUCCUUUGCAGUAGAUGCAUUAACACUCUCAGACCCACAAUUUCCUCUGACCUCCUGCAAGAGAAAGGUUUUGUGGGGAAAUAUUCUUUAUUAUUCGCUAGCACAGACAUUUUGCAUAUCAAAGAGGUUCAUUUGCCAGGAUUGUUGAUUGAAAUCAAGCCCUUCUGAGAGGCUUCCCUGCGCUGGUACUUGCAUUCUGGAAGUUUCCAUGAAGGAGGAGCUUGGUGUUUGUGAUGAGCAGAGAAAUACGGAGCACUUGAGCUUUGUUGGGGACCCAGCGAUGCCUUCUGCAGUUGUAGCAAGAAGGAAAGGCAGCACUGAGGCAGGGGGAUGACCACCUGGAAGGUGCUCUGGGAAGGAGGGGUUAGCUCUGCUGGCCUGUUGAAGGUACAGUGGUGAUGUUGCCUCAGCCUUCCCUACAGCCUGCUUUAUACACAGAGGGAGAACUGGAAGAAUGGGGGAGCCUGAUCUAUCUACUCACCCAGGAGGCAUUUUAGUGACCGCACUUGCCUGAAAUAGAAACAGCUGUUUGUAAAGCUCCAAGGGUGUUCAGCUUGUCUCUCAAACCAUAUCGAUGCAUUUUUUUGUGUGUGUGCGUGUUACUCCCCCUUUGUCAUCUUCUGUUUCCUUUUGAUAUUGCUUCAUUUACUCCUUGGCUUUCUUUGGCUUGGUUAUUGGAAAAAUAAUUCUGGGUUCUGUUGUGCAUAUUGCCCGUGAUAUUAAGCUAUGGCAUGCGAUGAAGUUUUCCAGACGAUGCUUAGAUGUAUCUGGUUAGUUUGUGUCAUCUGAACAUACAAUUCUUUUUUGUAGAACUUUGGAAUGGAACCUUUUUUCCGGACUGUGUGCCAUUUAAAUUUCACAUGCAAGCUGUUUCUAGUAAAAGUUUGAAUAUUUAUAAACUUCA